UUGCUGCAUCUGAUUUUUCCCUUUUCAUGUCUGCUUUCUGUGUGGAUUUUGAGUGUCUGACAACCAUAAAGAUUAGGAAAAAAAUCCAGACAACUAUGACUUGUUUCAAGAAAAAAAAAAAAGAAGGAAAAAAAAAAAAAGUGGUUAGGUCCAAACUGACUGACUUGUUUGUCCAUCUUUAAGAUGCAUUUACUUAGUCCAGUUAGAUCUUUAUUUAUGCCACAGUCUCAGUGUCUAGCAAUGUAAGCUGAUCAUCUUAAAAACAGAAUUCACUUUUAAAUGUGCUUAGGCUAGAAAAAAAUACGCCUGGUGAGGUCAUUUGCAGAGCAAGAGUUAAUGCAUCAUGCAAACAGCUAAAUAAAGGUUACAAUCUGAGUGGAAUUAUUCAGAGCUCAGGGAGAAAUCUGGCAUUUGCAGUCUGUCACUGGAUUUGAGAAGUCUGGCUCUCUCCAUGUCACUGUCACUCGGGAGACAUCCUGCUUUCUGUGCAGCAGUGAGGGAGGGGACUGCGGCUCCGAGUGAUCUUUCUGUAAAAACAGCAAAAACAGGAGCGGUGGGAAGUGUCAUGUGCAAGGAAUGUGUGGAAUGAGGGUGAUUUCAAGUGUCCCCAGGCUCAGAUAAUUCCAAGAGACAGACCUACACCCCAUUUCAGAAUCAAGAUGGAGCUGCUGAAGGGACUGCCAUUGCACCGCACUUUCCUGGCUGUCAUCCUGAACCUGCUGGCUCUCACCCUCUCCACCACAGCCUUGCUGGGCAGCUACUGGUGCACUGGGACCCAAAAAGUACCCAAGCCUUUGUGUGGGAAGAGCAAAGCCUCCCAGUGCGUGGGUGUCCCCAUGCCAUCUGAUGCAGAUGCGAGCAAUGUUUCAUCAGAGGACACAGUGCACUACAGCUGGGAGACUGGAGAUGACCGCUUUGCCUUCAGAUACUUCCACACAGGGAUGUGGCUUUCCUGUGAAGAGAGCAUGGAAGGGCCAGAAGAGAAAUGCCGCAGCUUUAUUGAGCUUUCACCACCAGCAGAGAGAGGAAUCCUGUGGCUGUCACUGGGAUCAGAGAUGCUGUACAUCAGCUUGCUGCUCAUCAGCUUCAUCCUCCUGAUGGUGGAAAUUCUGCAUACUGGAAAUCCUGUCUGUGGGAUGAAACUCAAUGCCUUUGCUGCUGUAUCCUCAGUGCUGUCAGGUCUCCUUGGGAUGGUGGCACAUAUGAUGUACACUCAAGUCUUCCAGGCAACAGUUAAUCUGGGACCAGAAGACUGGAGACCUCACACAUGGGACUAUGGCUGGGCAUUCUACAUGGCCUGGGCCUCCUUUACCUGCUGCAUGGCCUCUGCUGUCACCACUCUCAAUACCUACACCAAGACAAUACUGGAGUUCAAAAGGAACCACAUCAAGGGAUAUGAUGGGACCCUCAAGGAUCACUCUCAGCAUCACCAGUGCUUCAUACAGCAAAUAAGCAGCUACUAUGAGCCCAAAGGCAAGGCCUUCCAUUCAGUCUCUGAGGGAGUCAACUUCUACACUGAUCUGCAGCAAAAAAUACUACAGCGGGAACCAGAGCUGGACCUGGAUGAAGUCUUGGGCCAGACAAUUGGGGAGGAUUGCUGUUAGGGAUGAGUGUACAGGGAUAGAGCUCUUGUUCCUCCCAAACCCCACAGCUCUGGCACCACCGUUAGCAGGUUUUGGGGAACUCUUCCAGUCUCUACAGGGAGUGAGGAGGCAGGCACUGGGUCAGGGCAACUAGAGUAGGAGUUUGGGGGUCCUCCCUGGUCAUAUACAGUGUGAUGGGUGCCCUCAUCUGACAAGGGUGAAACUGGAGGGACAUGCUGGUGCCAGCUGUCUCCAAGCACUUUCAGAGUUGAUUCAGAUGUCCUAAUCCCAGUAUUGCACUGGGGAACAGACAGUCAGCACCAUCCAGGUGGCAAACUGCACUGCUGGGUGGUGUCACAUUGACCUUCCGUCAACACCUCAACUUCACUGCUAUGGUGAAGGCCAUCAGUGUUCAUAUUGAUCAGGUGUCACCUUCUCUGAACACCCUGUUUAUUCUUAAUUUCCAGGCCCAAACUCUCCUCUCUGCCCCUAGAUUGAAAGUCCUGCUGCAGUAGGAAUAGGGGGUAGCUUUUAGACAAUUCUCUCCUCCUCUUUCCUAUCUGUAAUAACUCCCACAUAUUCCCUUGCUUUUUGCCCCAAAAUCUUCCAUUCUGAGGUACUUUGCUGUCUGUGUCUUUUUACUGUUUCUUUGCAAUCUUUAAGAAUUUGGCAGGACUUUUGCUUUUCAUGUUACUUCUAUUCAUCUGCUCCUUUUUGUCCAUUGUAAAAAUAUUGCAAACAACCCCUAAAUCAAAACCCCAAGCAAACUCAUUAUCUCUCAAAGGCGCAACACUGGUUCAGAUGACACACGAUGCUGUACACAGUAUUUAUUUUGUUUCACUGCAGUUCAAAUACAUUUUUCCAACAAUAUACAGACAGACUCUUUAUUCACAGUGGGGGGGGGGGGGUGUGGGCAGGGUGAAUUCACAUUAGGGAGGAGCUAACACCACUGCUCUGGAAUAUCAGUUCUCUCAGGAAGAAUCUCAGAAGAGUAACUACUUAGGUAACAGCCAAUUCACCUUUCCCAGCAAGGUGGUGGCUGGACAGGAGGGAAGAAGCACUCCUGUUUAAUCCCUCAUACAUUACUGGUCCUCACACUUUCAGUCCUAUUAUGCAGCUCUAUUAACUGACAUUAGCUCUGUUAUAAACACUAAACCCUGUCUGGAGGAAAAUGCCAGGCCUAGAGCCAUUGCUACAGUUAUGCUAAUAUAUACAAAGCUAUUUACACAAAAAUACCAUUGAACAUAUACAAACUGUUCACAGCUCUGACAUUAGGAGAUCAGGGCCCAAAGACCAGCCUUGGGGCUUGCAGCUAAACCUGAAGGGCUAUCCUGGAAGCUUUAUAUAGAAAUGUGGGAUGAUGAAAAGGGUAAUAUAGCAAAGAGAGGUGUCAAGGGCCCAGGAGACCAAACCUAUGGCUAAUGUGCCCAUCUGGAAGUAGGGUCAAAGUCUGCUGUCACCUCAUAACUCAUGGGGAAAUGUGGGGAGGCUGGAAGGGCACAUGCUAGAUAGAAAAGUCCUUUGCAAUCCUCAUCUCAGCCUGGCUCUGUUUAAUGUCAAAGGCCAGACUUAGAAUGGCAUACUAGGAAAGGAGUUCCUAUAUUGUUGCCCUAAACUAUGGGGAACUACUGAGGCACCCAAGUGGUUCCCUUCUAUAUGGGAUUUUUUACUACAAGAAAACUCAUACAGAUGCUCCUCAAAUGCAACAGGGCAUGAUGGCAUGCUCUGGGACACAGAAUGGGACACUCCUAACACACUGUGAACAAAUGUGUCCCAGGGGUAGCUUGCUCCUCUUGGAACUGCACAUAGGCCUGGGCUGGCAAGGGAAUGGCAAUAUUGAGCUCAGAACAGGGUUAAAAUGCACAGAAAAGCUUUCUAGUUCUGUCUCCGUCUAAACCUCUAAACCCUGGAGCAGCAGCAUAAGAAUUAGUUUUUCUGUGACAAGGCUGAGUAACCUUUACAGUGGCAGCCAGGAUCUGCUGGACCUCUUACACAAGGGGGCUGUGAUACAUUUGCAAAGGGGGCAUCUGCCCAUUGGACUACAGUGUGACAUUACAGUGACAAUGUGGGUUCAUACAAACCUUAAGGAUGGAGAGAAAUAAGCUGUGAACCCUUCACUUCUACAUCACCCACAUAUGCCCGAACUUGGUGUCCUGAACUGGGAACUGGGAAAGAAAGACACAAGUGCAAGGGACUG